UGAUAGUUGAAAUUUGAAAGUGUAUUAUUUAAGUGUUGGUUAAAUUGGUUGAAUGGAAGAUAGCCGUGUAUUAGCCUUACACAGUCAUUUGAGCAACUGAGAACGUCGAAGAUAAAACUGCAGAUGUCAGAAUUCUAUCCAGUGACACCUCCGCUCAUAGAAAGCAGACACCUCCUUCUCUUCUCUGGCUAUUUUUAGAGAUCUCUGUGGCGAUCAUUUGCAUACAAGCGUCAGAUGGAGAAGAGGGGGAACUGAGAGCAGAAUAAAGAAGGAACUAUAGGAGAGGAGAGUUGAGAGCCACUGAGCUGCUCGUCUGGCUUUGGAACACAGCACAAAGGAUUGCUAACUCUACUCUUGAACUCCAGCUCUGAUUUAUUGAGAAAAGACUACCUAGUAUACUAGUGCACCUAAGAGCACAUGCUUUUUUCAGCAAAGAAAGAAAGAAGCUUCUCUGUCCCCUGUUUACUGAAUGCAUUGUUUCUUUAUUCCCUAAAGAGAAGUUGCAGAAAACGAGCUUUUCUCUGGCUGCCUUUCAGUUUCCUUCCUUCCUGCUUGGUUUGAGCAAUCCGCUGAUAAAACGUAGCUGCUAUGCCAGCUGUGAUCUCCUCCAGCCUGGACUAUCAGAUUGGCUGCUCCCCCGUGCCCCAGAAGAGCACUGACACAACCGGGGCUCCUGGCGGGAUCUACUCAGCCAUCCUGAGUAGAAACUUCCCCAUCAUUGACAAGAGAUACAAAAACUUCUUGGAGCUCCGCGACAAAUACUUAAAGAAGAAGGUUCUGUUUGAAGAUCCUGUGUUCAAGGCAGAUGACACAUCUCUGUUCUACAGCCAGAAAUUCCCCAUCAAGUUUGAGUGGAAAAGACCGCCUGAGAUCUGUGAGAAUCCACAGUUCAUCAUCGGAGGAGCUAAUAGAACUGAUAUCUGUCAGGGGGAUCUGGGGGACUGCUGGUUCCUGGCUGCCAUCGCCUGCCUGACUCUCAAUGAGAAGCUGCUCUAUCGAGUUAUACCUCCAGACCAGUCCUUCACAGAGAACUAUGCUGGCAUCUUCCACUUCCAGUUUUGGCGCUAUGGCGACUGGGUGGAUGUUGUCAUUGACGACCGGAUCCCCACCCUCAACAACCAGCUGGUGUUCACCAAAUCUGCAGAAAGGAAUGAGUUCUGGAGCGCUCUGCUGGAGAAGGCCUAUGCCAAGCUCCACGGUUCCUAUGAAGCACUGAAAGGAGGCAACACCACCGAGGCAAUGGAGGACUUCACCGGGGGAGUGACAGAGUUCUUUGAGAUUAAGGAGGCUCCUAAAGAGUUAUUCAAGAUCAUGAAGAAAGCUCUGGAGAAGGGCGCCCUCAUGGGCGUGAGUAUCGACGAUACAAUGGGGCCGACCCGCAAAGUGGCUCCUUCCAGUUUGAUUGUAAAGAUGAUUGAACAGAUGCUCGGUGACUCUGUGCAGGGUGGUGAUAGCAGAAAACAGGGGGAGCAGCCAGCAGGGUCCUUGGUUCCAGUUCGGUUUGAAACACAGACCAGCAGUGGAUUGGUUAAGGGCCAUGCCUACUCUGUGACUGGGGUGGAGGAAAUCCAGCACAAGGAGACAAGGGUACGUCUGAUCAGGCUCAGGAACCCCUGGGGGCAGGUGGAGUGGAACGGCCCGUGGAGUGACAACUCCAAAGAAUGGGCUACGAUCGAGAAACACGAGAAAGAACGUCUGCAGCAUCAGAGCGUGGAGGAUGGAGAGUUCUGGAUGGCUUUCGAAGAUUUCAAGAAGAACUUCACUAAGAUCGAGAUCUGUAACCUGACUCCGGAUGCUCUGGAAAAAGAUAAGCUCCACAAGUGGACGGUGUCGGUUAACGAGGGCCGAUGGGUGCGGGGCUGCUCUGCUGGGGGCUGCCGGAACUAUCCAGACACGUUCUGGACAAACCCGCAGUACCGACUACGUCUGCUAGAGGAAGAUGACGACCCCGAAGACAAUGAGAAAGUUUGCACCUUCGUCGUGUCGCUCAUGCAGAAGAACCGCAGGAAGGAGCGUAAGAUGGGGGCCAAUCUCUUCACCAUCGGAUUCGCCAUUUAUGAGGUUCCCAAGGAGAUGCAUAACAACAAGCAACACAUGCCCAAAGAUUUCUUCUUGUUCAACUCCUCCAAGGCGCGUUGCAAGUCGUACAUCAACCUUCGGGAGGUGACUCAGCGGUUCCGACUGUGCCCCGGGGAGUACGUCAUCAUCCCCUCAACCUACGAGCCCCACCAGGAGGGCGAGUUCCUUCUCAGAGUCUUCUCAGAGAAGAGGAGCACCUCAGAGGAGAUUGAGAACAAGAUCGAGGCCGAACAUCCUGUGCCACCUAAGAAAAAGCAGAAGCCAAUCAUCUUUGUUUCUGAUAGAGCUAAGGCCAAUAAGGAGCUCAACACUGACGACUACAUGCAGGAAGAGGAGACAAAGACAAUGGAGAAGAAGAAGGUUUCAUUCCCUGUAGCAUGCUGGGAUGAGAGAGGGGCUUUAAUCUCUGUUGCUCUAAACCCCUGGCUUUCUGGGUUAGCUCACAAACCUGCCUCAGAACCCAAAAUGAAGGCAGUUCGCUCAAAACUGCAAGGGGUGUAAUUUGUAUGUAUGUUGAGAAAGCAGUAUGUUAUCAGUGGCUUUUUCAGAUGUUCUGCAUGAGAA